GGGUUCCUGCGUCGCCUCCCUGGCCCCUCGCACGGAGUGGGCGGGGCCUGCUCCGCUCCGCUCCCGCAGUCAUGGCGGCGGCACCUGCUGCUGCUGCUGCCUUUUCUGCGGGGCGGGAGAGGGCAGAGGGGGGAGGGGACGCCCCUUCCGCCGCAGGGCUGCCACCCUCCCGCGGCCAAAGAGCAGAUUACACUUUGGAUGAAGUCACCAGAAAAGAACUUUGUACAGAUACUUUCUGUAAAGUUUGUGGGGCUGUGCUGAAGUUUGAAUCCCAAAGAGUAGCACAUUAUGAGGGCAAAAAACAUGCACAGAAAGUCAGACUUUAUUUGCAAAUAAAUGCUGAACAAAAGGAGCCCAGCAAGCAGGAGACGCUCCAGAUGGAGUCAAAUGCUGACAAAAAUUCCUACUGCAAGCUUUGCAGAAUGGUGUUCUCAUCUCCAGUGGUUGCCCAAUCACACUACUUGGGAAAGAUCCACUCCAAAAAGCUGAAGCUAUUAUCAGAUCAGUCUCUGCAGUCCGGCCAGAGCACUCAGCCGGAACCUGGUCCUUCUGUGGUUCCAACUCUACCAGAACCAUCUAUUGAAAAGACUUCACAAAAUGGUGACACUGAAGAUCCAUCUUCGUCAUGUGCAACUACUUUGGAUAUGGAUGAUCCAGAAAGGUUUUGCAAGCUCUGCUCAGCUUCCUUUAACAAUCCUCUAAUGGCCCGGCAGCACUAUGUGGGCAAGAAGCACACACGGAAUGAAGCACGUAAGAAACUGCUAGCUAAGAUGGGAACCACAGCUAUCCCUGUGGAAGCCAAGGCCAAUGCCGUUGGAGUGGGUAACUAUAUAUGCCCCAUCUGCAGCAUCAGCCUUACAUCCAUAGAGAUGUACCAGUCUCACAUGCAAGGAAAUAAACAUCAGAUUAAAGAGAACAUGAUUGCCAAUCUGAUGACGAACACAAAGAAAACAUACGAUUCUUUUCAAGACGAAUUGGCAGAUUACAUUAAAGUACAAAAAGCUAGAGGGCUAGAACCAAAAACUAAUUUUAGAAAGCCAAGAGAAGAGUUUGGAAAUGAAGGAUUUGAAACCAUUAAUGGUCAUAAAAAGACCUUUGCAUUUGAGCGAGAUAAGUUUUGCCGAGAUACUUAUGAACCAGACCAACAUUCCAUUUUUUUCUCAGACCCAUCAGCCAAUUCGUUUGAAGACCAAUUGCUACAUUGGUCUCCACCUGGCAGGGAACCACUAAAACUAGAAAAUGCAGCCAUGCCUCAAGGCAGCUCAGAAAAAUGUUCAGAAAAACAAGUGUCUCACUUGGCCAUCUGCAGGGAUUACCAUUACAACUUGCCACCAGCUGAAUCAGGUGAUGGCUACAAGCUUUUAUCUUCAGAUAAUAGCACUAGCUCUUAUGAGAAAAGUCAGAAACUGCCAAAAAUGUCUAAAGAGGAGAAAGAACAAACGGGGGAGGGGGAGGGUAAUCCUCAACAACAGAAGAGAAAACACAGUGAAGAUGAGCCAGACUUGGGAAAUGAUGUUGAGAAGAAAAAGAAAAAGAAAGACGAAGUAGAUUCAGCAAGCGAGGGGAAAUCAAAGUCUAGUAAAGAGAAAGGCAAUAAAGAAGAUUCUUCUGAAAAGGAGAGCAAAAAACAUAAGAAGGAAAAAAAGAAGGCAGAAGCCAAUGGACCAACAGAGGAAGACAUGCUGUGGAAUGAAUCUAUCCUGGGAUUCUAAUGGAGCUUCUUCCAAUCGUUUUUGUGUUUAUUUGUGGUCUAAAACAUUGUGCACUUUUAUGUUUCAUCGCUGUUUGUAUUUGUGGCCCUUUGGCAAUAAUGAGGUAUCGGGUAUGACAUUUCUUAACAAAGUGCUUGGGAAGAAUUUGAACAGAAAUUUUGUAACAUACCUAACGUGUAAUUAACCUCUUCUCGUAGAAUGACAUUUUACACAAGAUAGUAUUAAAAUAUUCUUCCAACAGCAAUUGAAAUUGUUAAUUGUAGUAUAUCCUGUAUUGUCAAAAGGUUUACACAUUGAAAGUAUGGGAGAGGGCUAGGACUUAUUGAAAUUCUUGUUUACAGUACUGAACAUUAAAAAAAUGUCUUGAA